CAGUCGGAACCAAUUAGGUGUCGCACAGCCUUGUUUUGUUUACCAUCGUCCCUUGGAUUGCAAGCCUCGCUGCCAGCUAAACCGAGCAAUUCAAAGCACUGCUUUUUUUUUACUUACACUAAAAGAUGAAACCUGCGGUGGAUGAAAUGUUUCCUGAAGGAGCUGGACCCUACGUGGAUCUUGACGAGGCAGGGGGCAGCAGCGGCCUGCUGAUGGACCUAGCAGCCAAUGAGAAAGCUGUUCACUCAGAUUUCUUUAAUGACUUUGAGGAUCUGUUCGACGACGACGACCUGCAGUGAUCACAGCGUCCGAUCAUCUUUGGGAUUCUGAUGAAGUGUAGAUAACAGAAAUGUAUUUGUACAACAUCUUUCAUAUUAACGAUCCAGUAUGCUAUUAAAAUAAAGUCUUUAUGUUUCUCAGUGUGAACCAGGUGUUUGUGAAAACUGGGAUUUGCUCACAUUCCAACUCUAGAGAAAAUUAUGAGUAUGUUUUUAGCUCAGUCGUGUUUGAAUCUGCUCCAACCAGGAUUGCAGGCUUGGAGGCUAUCAGGAACAUCUGUUACCAAACAUAAUUACACACAAGAAUCUGUGUUAACGUGGCCUGUAAAUAUCCAGUGAAGGUGUAAUGGGACGGGAAAUAGAGACAUGGGGAAAAAAGAAUAAAUCUUGAGAUGCAGUUUGA